AAAUGCUAGUAUUGUAUUAUAUUUUCUUUUAAAUAAAUAGCAAUCGGAAUGUUUAAUGUGUUUGUCAGGAAAUCACAUACCACUAAUACAUUUUGAAAAACUCCAGAAUUACUUGUUACUAAAUUUAAACAUAAAUUACGUAGCCGACUGUCAUUUAUGUUAAUACAACAGUGGUUAAAAGACCCAGAAUGUAUAUUAACAUGAUGGACUUCAGUAAUGAUAGAGACGCCUUACUUAAUUACUACCAAGACCUUUUAGUAAACAACCAAAUCAGUGCCUGUAAAAGGCGUAAGCUGUCAGACUCUGACCCAGGAGCUAAUGACUUAUUGUCAGAGGAAACAAGAAACAGAGAGAUUUCUUUGGACUCCCCAUCAUCUACAUCCUCAACGGGAAGCAGUGAACAGGGAAGUGAUUCAGAUAUACCACCAUUGAAGGAUGUUACAAAAGAAAAGGUCAAUAGUAUUCCAACUCAUAUACCAGAAGAAACCAAAGUAGUCGAUGCAGACCUACCUCAGCAAAGUGGUCCAGAACAGGGUUCCUAUGAAUGUCCACAAUGUGAGAAGAGCUUUGCUUACAUGGGUAACCUCAAACGCCAUAUCAAAAUGCACCAUGGAGAGUACAGGCCAUUCAAGUGUAAUCUGUGUACUAAAAGAUUUUGGGGAAAUGACAGUCUAGAGCAACAUUUCAAACGUGUCCAUACUCAGGAAAGGCCAUAUGCAUGUGCACAUUGUGAAAAGAAGUAUUCUGUAUGCUAUGACUUGCAGAAACAUGUACGCGCAGUCCACGGAAAGGAUAUUGAUUGGGAAGGAGAUAUACCCUCAAGACCAGACACAGAAGUACAAGGUACACACAAAGUCACUGGGAUCAAAACAGUUCAUCUAGAGCAGCUCAAUUACAAAUGCAAGUUUUGUAGUAGAGGCUUUGCUACAGUUAAUGGACUUGGAGUGCACCUUAAAAUGCAUUUUAGGUGUAAAAUCUGCCUUAAAGGCUUUAACACUGAAGAUUCAUUGAAAAUCCACAUGAAAAAAGCUCAUGAUAUGGGUUUGAACCAAGAAUAUGUAUUAUAGAUGAUAAAAAUAACCAAAUUCUCUACCUUUUUCUCUUGCCGAAAAUAUUCAUACUUUUUGUUUUAAAAAAGGUUUAUAACUAUUUAGUGCUGCCAUAGUGCUCUGAAUUUCGGAAAAUGAAAUCUAAGAAAUUAAAAUGUGAUAUAAAUUCAAUAAAACUAAUCAAAUUUUCUAAAUUUUGUAGAAAUGUAUCCAUGGAAGCCAUAAAUUUAUAAAUUUAUGUAUAAAAGAGUUAACUUGAAAAUUUCAUCAGUAUUAUUUCAAUCCAAAGUCCCAAUUUUUAUAGUAUCACCCAUUUGUAAAUAAAUGCCAUUUUUUUUAAAAAUGUCAUGUCUUUGCUAAAAUUUCAUUCAUUUUGUAUUGAAUUGUUAGCAAUCAGCAUUCUUCCGAAGUAUUUCAAUUGUUUGUGUUGAAACAGAAGCAUAUUGAAGCUUAUAUUAAUAUAGUUUUAUUAAGUAUUGGCAUAAUAUGACAAGCUUAUUGGUCUUCCAUUUUAUUUUUUAUACAAAAGUCAAACUUAAAUAAAUGCUUGAACUUUUUUAUCAUAUUAAACCAAUCAUUCGUGUGUUUUUCUGUCAAUAAUAAGGCACCGGUGUUGAAUUGUUGUUGAUGUCUUCUGUUUGUUUAUAUUAUAUUUUUUAAAUAGAAAUCCAUGUUUUAUAUUUUGCAUAAGAAGAUGGACAUUUAACAGUUUGGUUAUUAUAAUUUAUGGACCUUUACUGUUUGUUUAUUCUCGCAUUGUUAAUGAAUUGUUCAUGUAUAUCUUCUUUCACCAGAAGUUCUAUUAUUUUUAUGUUUUCAUGUUUUGUUGACAUUCCAAAUAUGUAAAUAAUUUGUUCAUGUAUUAAUUUAUCUUUCUUCAUAUAUUUUAAUCUGUUUUCACAAUUCAGAAGGUCUUUUAGACCUGCUGGCGCAAUUAUGAAGUAGAUUUGAUACACCUUAUCCAAAUUGUAUUUAAUCGCAGAACAUCAAUGGUAUUCCCAUAGUAUUUUAGUUAAGAAAGGAACAAUAAUUCAUGUGUAAAGAUAAGUGACUAUUUAAUACAUAGUUGAAAAUAUUCAUGAGUUGUAUUCUAUGACAUUAAAGAAAAUAAAGUUGUUACUGUUCAAACAACAAACAUGUCCUUUGUUUGCUAAGAUGAGUAACUAUACAAUGUUGAUAAUAAGAUAUUAUUUGCAACCUAUUUUCCAUAUUGAGUUUAAUUUUUAGAUUCAAAUGUAUUGUACUGAUAUAUAUUUUAUUCAAGAAAUAUUUGAUACAGAACUCAAACAAAUGCAUUUUCCAUAAAAGUAAGCUUUAGUAAAACUCUUUAAGUUACUAUAGGAACAGUUUGAAUACAUGUUUAAGGUUAAAAUGAUAUAAUUGCAGUGUUUUAAGUGAAAAAAGGUCUAAUAACAACAUAAAAGUCAUUUGAGUUAAGUCUUGCACAAAUUAAAUUUUACCCUUUAACAGAAUAAAUUGUUGAUUGAAAACAGUUUGAAAAAAUAUGCAGAAAAUUGUCUGUUUCAUUGUUUGUAUAUACGUUAAUAUGCAUCUUUAUCUGACAACUAUACCCUGUUCACAAUGUAACAAAAAUGAUGUAAGUUUGGUAAGACAUUGAAUACAGUUUGUGUUCACUCAUAUUCCAGAUUUAAUGUCCAUAAGAUCAAUUAUCACUACUUUCAAGAGAUUAUCUGACACAAGAAUUCACUUGAAUCAGACAUGAAUCUUGAAUUAAGGUCACUGCGAACUGUAAAUUUAGAUGAACCAAAGCAUGUGGACACAAACAGGGUACCAUUUAGAUGAGAAAUUGAUAAAUAUUGUACAUCAGAUUUAGUAUAUUUGUGAACAGGGUUUAAGAUUGCUUGUUUGCAAAUUGACAUAUAU